UCAGAAUUUUCAGCUUUCCAACAUCAAUAUCUGAUGGAUUCCACUUAUCUGCCUUCAAUUUCCACUUUGAAAAGGAUGUCAUUCAAGCCCUGGUCACAUCCGUGCUCUACCAAGCUCCAAGCUUUAGACAUACCUGAAAAAGCACAAGAAAAGCUGCCCCACACAAGCCCCCCCCCAAAAGAACAAAUGCAUACCAAAAGUGUAUUCAAAUCACAACAAGCUAUGCAUUUAUUACGCAAUAAGAAAAUCCUUUACAGAUAGUUCACUCAUUGUAUUGUCAAUACAAGGCAUAGCAACUAAUUGCAAAGGAAUUGCAAUGGAGGGUAUUUAGCCAGACAAUGAAUGUUAAGAGAAAUAUGAACACGUUUAGUGACCUUACGUGAUGCUUGCUGCGCAAGGAAACUUGUAUAAACAAUGAGUUAGGAGAGUUCCUGGUGGUCUCGGGUAUUGGAAAGCGCACAGGACACAGCACACUGAAAAAUGCAAAGGAAACAAGCCACUCCCCACAAUAGCCCUCCAAUAAUGCAUUACAGUACUGCCGUACUAAGGACAACUAGCACUAGGAAUACAAUUCAGAAUAAGAUUUAAGAAACUUCCCAGAAGAACCUUCAAAUACCGCAGGCUGGGACGCGACGGAUUCCUUCCGUAAGAACUGUAGACGUGGACUUGAAUGUUGAUUUUUCAAGGACAGGCCAUAUUACUUAAUCUGUAAGAGUCACAAAUACACAAGCCCCUCCCAACCCAACAAAGCAGAUCCUGUACAGAAUUCCAAUGACUCGUAGUAAAGAGACUUGUUACCACACUCCCUGCUACACCAGGGGACUAGUUCUGAAGUUGCUAUCCUGCGGGGCAAAAAGUCCACUUGAAUCUUGUUGGGGUGCACCUGGAUGUUUCUUAUUCAAGCCAUUUUGCGUUGGGCAACAUGGAGCUGUGAAGUCUAGGGAAAAGACUGAUUAACGCCCCACAACCCCCCCCCCCCCCAUCCCAGUUCCAAAAUAUUAUGUGCAUAAAACCCAGUUUACAACACAUUCCAAAUAGGGUAGAAUCAAUAACAAAUCUAAUGGAUGUAUUGAACAAUACCUUCCUACAUCUCUUUAAAGCGGGUGCGAAUGAUCCCGAUCCGUGGCGAUAUAAAAUUUAAGAUGAGCUCAACUUGUAUCGAUUGUUAGAAUUGGGAGAGAUUCUUUUGAAGAUCAGCUUUAGGGGGCCAUGCCUGUGGAAAGAAAACUCGAAACACGUUUUAAAUGCCCCCUCCCCCUAACCCCAAUUCUUUUAUCCAGGAUUCACCAAAUCAAAAACAUUACUCCUUUUGAUGGCAAAAUUGACUACAUUUAAACAGGAUGGGCAACGAGGAGUUGAUGUACAGGAUAGUUACACCCACAUGUACAUUUCAUGCAUGAACUCACUGCUCGGGUUAAGAGGUAGAUGCAGCUGAUCUGUACCACUGAUGCGACGCUGGAGUACUGAAGAUUGCAGUAUACACUCAACCGUCCGGACUGGAGAGCCUCCACUCGCACACGCCAAUGCUGAAAGCUUCUUUGAGGAGGACCUAUCGAACGACAAAGGGACUGCGCCUCUGCCUCCGGCUUGGGGAACUAGUCGUGAUCGCAGGGAAGGGGAGAAGUCCGAUAUGGUGUUCCUCUCGCCAGCACACUACGACGGCAUUCAUCACAGCAGACAGCACCACACUCAUGUCAGCGCACAACGGGAGGGGUGACCACGGUACACAACGCGUAACACGGCUUGCCUGAAAAGAGGAAGAAAUCUGUGCGAGAAAUCGUGUUUCCAACAAUUGCUUGUGAAAUAACUAAAUGCCUGAGAAUGUGAGAUACCGCUACCCAAUAUACAAACCACCGCCUUGUUUUUUAAACUUGAGAAGCAAGAAGACACGUCUGAGCCCCGUCCCACCCUCUGAUCACUGGCUGGCUUGCUCUGGAACUGCUCGAAGGCGAUGGCCACUCUGCUGCAGAUGUCGGUGUUGCUACCCUGCACUGCGCCUCUGGCUCCCUCUGGUGUACACUCGCCGCUGCUGCUGCCUCAUGCUCUCUUGGGGCCCCUCGGCUUCUCCCUCCACGCACACUGGUCCUGCCUGGAACCACUCUGGUCCUCCCACGCCCUCUGGUCCUGUCCUGCCUGGCUCCGCCCUCUGGUCCUCCCGCUGUCCCGUGGCCCCGCGCCGCUCUGGUCCUGCGAUCUUCAUCUAACUAAGUCCAUUUCCUCCCCUUGACAACUCAGUCCAUUUCCCCACCCAGGAAAAAAAAAAUCUUCUGUCUUCUCUAGGCAGCCAAAAAAAAAAAAAAGAUAACUUAAAGAAAGAAAAAAAAAGACCGUCUUCAUUGAGCUACAACUGAAGCUCUACUUUGGUAACUUGCAAACUGGUUUCUCUGGUCGACAACACGUCGAAUGUUAAAUAACGUCAAACCUAAACAAUGUCGUGAAAAGAAACUAGAAAAACCCGAAUAAAUUCAUAAAUUAGAAAUGCCAGUCUAGAUGACGUCAUAGACACCAAGUGCCGGGACUCAUUCACCAUAUUUAGAGUCUACAAAUUUGAUCGCCUUGACUGAUCCAUACCAAGCAACCGGGGUUCUUUGUUAACCACUCGAUCCUCAAAUUCAGUUUGCUAAAAACUUAACGAAAGCUAACGCCAGCUAAUUUACCCCAUCAACUAUUCCUUUCCGUCAAGGUUAUCCCCGGCGUUCUUAAAUAUUACAUGACGCAAAAACUUUAGUCCAUCACUGUUACUCUCGCUUUUUGUUUUUAUAUUUUCAGUAAUCAUCUUAAUUGCGCACCGUUAAACUGACUGAUGCUAUUAAAAGGUUUAUCUUCGCACCAAAAUCGACGGUGCCUUUAGCCUAGCGGACACAGCUAGCCUCUCAGACCACUCCCUUUAGUUGGGUCACGAGUCAGUCAAACUCAACCAAUAGCUACCGUCGUAGCUGCCACGUCAUGGCUACCAAAAUUAGAAGCAACAACUUGAAAUGGCUCGAUCAUAAACUGAAAAUGAACCAGAACUUAAUGUUUCUAAGACCAGUCGAGAUAUUAUUAACAAACUGUUAACAAGUAACGUUUUUUUAACUAACGUUAACGUUAGUGAGUAUAAACUCUGCUCACGUGGCCUGCCGUUGGUCAUAUAACGUUAACUGACGUCGAAAAAUACGAACGCUAACGCCGAAAUCGAGGUGAUACUGAGGGUUGAUUAGACAGGCUACCCGCUGAAACAUAUUAAAAAGAAAACAAAAACGUAGUGCUAAAAAAAAAAAACAAUAGAUCAACGUUCAAGAAGGUUGAAGCUGAUUGUUCGAUACAGGGCCUACUGCUCUGAUCACACCACGACGACAAAAACAAUUAUCAGGUAAGAUAGUUUAAAUAUAUAUUCUCGCCCUUAACAACUGAGACUCGCAGACAAUGAAACAAAGAAAACAAGAUUGGUUUAACCUGACCGCCUGACACCAAACGAAGUCGUGGAAAAUGCUGUCUGAGCUGGAAUGGCGUCAAUAGGGGUAUUUAUACUGUUAGGGUGACCCGGCUCCAGCAAGAGAAGAUAUUCAUCCGGGGAAAAAAGUAGUACCCACAUUGAAACUACGAAAAAAACGCUUACAAAAUCUGAUUCUGGCCUUAUAUUGAAGUUCAGAACAGAACGUCGAUUAAAGAAAAUUAGUAACGUGGGCUGUAUGGCGAUAUUAAUGAUAAAUAGUGCAGGUGAAAAGACAUUGUUCAGUAAGCUAGAUGCAGAGCUGCUCCCAUCCUAAUUGUAUAGGUAUAACACGGAUAGUAUUGUGCUUAUGUUUUCUGCUGACUUUCCUAUUUGGAAAUAUAAAGUUACGAUACGCAAAGUAGUUCAGUAUUUCAGAGUUAAAAUCCCAUGAUACCGGCCAAAACGGCUGACGUCACAGUAACGGCUUCGCGGAUGAAUCUUUACUUGCCUGCAACAAGGUCCGACAAACCGGAUCAAACUAGAACAGGGUUGUAUAGCCGGAUCUUUUUCCCUUUUACUGCAAUGUUAGGCUACAUGUUAUUGAUAAACGAUAGAAAACUGCCCACUCAUCUCUCAAAACCUGGAUGGCUUAUGUUCAAAAAGCUAUUAUCAUUUUGUGAUUCUUUUUGGUAGAAUAAGUCAUUUGAAACAGUAAUGCUGGCAGUAUUCUCACAUCAAAUGUAUCAUGUAGAUCCAAUUUUACAAGCCUCGAGUACGUUUGCUUUGUCUUUCAUGUCCAUUUCAACCUUAAGAAGUGAGAGGUUCAGUAUCAGUGUUAAUGUUGGUUGUCGAGUCUACGUGAUUAAACUAGAAAUAUCCAGAAACAUCCAGAGCCAGACAACUGUGUUGCUAGAACGGGGUGGAAAAUUACCAGAUCCUAAGGAGAAAACGGGAGUUAUUCUACUGACCAGCAGAGGGUGCAUUAUCCCUCCUGCUGAUUCUCAGCAUUGUUGAGAGUCCGGGCCUGGACAAGUCUGGGCAAACCUCCCACAUUAUAUUUAAUUUGUCUUAUCUUGAUAGCUGUCGGUCCUGGAAAGGGAGCUCUAGAUACCAAAGUAAUGUAUGGUAACCUUUACCAUAAUUUGAGAUUCACUAUAUAAAAAAAACGAAACCCAAAUGUGUAACAUGAUAAAAAUAGAACAAUUCCUUCCUGCUUAAUCCUUAUAGUUAAUUGAAUAUUUUCAGAUUUUAGUCUGUUAAUUACUAACUCAAUAUUCUAAAAACGGCAAAGAUGUACACAAUUAAUCCCUUUGUGGAUAGAAGCUCUGUGUGUGAAUUCUAAGGGUGGGCAGGAUCGCUCACUGUCAUUGAUCAGCUAUGUGGGGAGUUGUCCUCAGUAUGAGUUUCAGCCUGUCCCAACCUCAAUGAAUGGAUCGUUGUCAUGUUGAUAGACAAGGAAAUACCCGCACAGAUUAGAAAAAGAGGCCCCCUCUGUCAUGUGAUGGACAUGCCAUGCCAGGCAUUUAAUGCUAUAGGCUUAAAAGACCGUAGUGUGAUACUGUCAAUCAACAACAUUUAAUAGGUGUUGUUGUGACUCUGGGAUUGUGUUAGAAGACAUGAAGCGUAUUCAACGGAAAUGAAGACUGGGAGGUGUUUGGAUUAUGAAAGCUCUCUCAGAGGUUGUGAAAUGUACAGAUUUCUGUUAUCUGUUCUGUUCUGCUGAAAUAUUUCCGAUUGCUGUAUCAAAAACACAUCAAGAAAACUGAGACAGAUUAUUAAUGAGACAACCUGAAAAUGAACAAUGUUUAGGCCAAACCAGAAAUGUGAUACCUCACAAAUAACAACGCCUCACAGUGAUUUAUAUUAAUUAAUUAACAGUCUUGCUUAUGGCUUUGCAACGUUAGAGUUCAUUUUAUAAAAGCACAGUAGGGAUAGCUUCUACAGUAAACAUUGUAUGACAUAACCUUGGAUGGCUGACAAAUAUAAACCAAGUUAUCUAUUGUCAUAUUGCCCCCCCAUCCUAAAUGGGUUCCCCUAGAACUCAGCCAGAUGCUGGCAGGAACCUCUCAAUGGGGCAGCUUUGGGAAGUUCAAAAGCUUUGUUUAAUGCUGAUCCCUGCUUUUUGGAAAUGAAAACAAACUAAACAAAAAGUGUCAUAGGAGAUUAUAGAAUAAAACAAUGAAGUGCGAGGUAGCACAAAAACAUGGGAAAACCAUACAAGCUACAUAUACCGUUGGUAAAGUGAACCACAUUAUUGAUCCUUUUCCGCGGGGCUCGGUUCGAUUGUCGCUCUCUUUCAACUGGUUCAAUGAGCGCCCGGUUGUUAUAUCAGACGUGAUGCAAAAUCAAGCCACCAUACAUUCCUGCUCACAAGCCGGGGUUUCAUUAUGCUGCGGCCAGUCACGGAGGAACUCAAACUCAAUCAGAAACAGUCCGAUACUGGAUACCUUGCCAAAACCCUUGGAGAAUCAAUCUUUUUUUUAAAAAGGACAUCUUUUUAGGCCUAAACUUCUUAUAAUAGUUUGGAGUCUUGUUUAUUUUUCACGAAAGUUCCCCAUAUGCUAUAAAUCUUUGUAGUCAGAGACAGCAGCCGAUCAUCGUAGUCUUAAGUAGUAAUUUUUGCAGCUGACAUUGAGAGACAAUUUAUAGCAUUUUCGAAAAUCUGAUAAUUUGGAAAAAAAGGUAGAGUACAGGGUUCCCCAUCAGUUCCCCUUGUUGACCCAACCAAGACGGCGUCAACAGUCUACCACCAGUGAAGAGAAGGGGGAUGGAGAAGUUUUUUAAGCCUGUUCAUAGCCCUUCUGACUCGGACGAAAUCAAGCCGCGGAAGCACCAUCACCGACAUCAACCUCCCCUUCACCAAGAACCUCCGUCACACAGGUACACACUGUUUGAUGAGUCUGACAGAAACACAGAUGAAAGCCACGGGCGCCACCAUCAACAUGGCCGCUUUGUCCAUGAUAGCCCUCUUCGUGACAGCCCUCAUCACGACGCCCAUCAUCGUCGUCCAGCUCAGCAGUUUCACCACUGCGAAGAGGAUAAGAUACUGUACAACCACAAAACACCUGUAAUCCUCGCCAGGGCCUCUUCCUCUUCCCUCUCUUCAUCCUCGUCCUCGUCCUCUUUUUCCUCAUGGUACACGGAGGAAAGUGGAAAUGAUCCAUUUUCUCUUCGUCAAGCGGAGCAGCCACAGCACUCCUUGUCCUGCUCCAACAUCUCAGAUGCGCGCAGGGGUUUCAGGGAGGACGCCAGCGCAACGCCCAUUGUCUUUGCCACCGUCAAACACGGCAACAAGGGCGGUGUUUGUAGUGAGAUGCACGAGGGUGUACAAACGAGGGGAAAGCAGGGUUUUGCUUGUCUUGACCGAGGUCUCAGCAGAAGUGAAGAGGGCCUCCUGCAAGGUAAUGAAAGCGAUCUUGGAGGGGAACAGUCCAGAGUACAACACGUCCCCCAAGGGCACCUGUUCAAGGCAGCUAGUCUGAACCGAAGCCUGGCAUUCAGUGAGGAGGACUUUCUGUUAGGGGUCUCCAAAGGCCCCAAAAGAGCGGUGUCCUCCUUUCAGCUACCAAGCAAAGGCAUCCUCAAGAACAAGCAGCCUCACACAGACAUUCGCAAGGCUAAGUCGAUGGAGGUGCUUUCCCCAAGAGUCCCCAAGGGGCAAGGUCCUGGUGGACAGAAAGGGAAGGGUUCAAGCGCUCAAGUAGAGCAAGCCAAGGCUAAUUUCGUGCAGGGAAAGUUGCAAUUCUCUGCCUUUUUAGAUGAGAUUACAAAACAGGUCAUAAGUCCGUCGGCUCUCACUAUCUUGGGUGUGGGCAAGGACAAAAGUAGCGUAAAGGCACCGGCCCCAGCUCAAGCACCUGGCCCGGUCAAGCCUCAGCUCCCACCCAAGAAGCACAGAAAGAGCUUAGGGGAGGACAGGGAGCAGCGCCCGAGACAGGAGAUGGCGGCUCGCGACGGCCCCCGGAAACAAUCAGACAGCUCCCUUCCUGACAAACUGAUCUCGUACGCGGCGAGGAACCACCACGGUAGCCCCCCGCCUCAUUACUGCCCCAGUUCACCCGGGCAAAAUGCUCCCCAGGAGAGCCGCCGCAGGGACAGCAGGCCGUCGCCUACUGGGGGCUGCGCAUCGGGGGAGAGAUAUGCUCGGGGCGCCCCCCACCUCACGGAUUGCACCAGCACCAGCCCGGAGGACAACCAGCCAAGACAACGGCGCCAACGCAAACCGCAGCCCGCUGCCCCCCACGGUCAAUACACGCAGCACUUCCCUCAGCAGCAGCCUCAACAGGGGCCAGCCGGCGCCGGGCACAGAGGGCCCGCCAGCCCCCCUGUGUCCUCUGGCCAGGGUACUGGGCCACGCAUCGGAUCCGAGUCUUCUUCCCCAAAAUCGGAUUCAUCGAGGACCAGAGACGACGCCUCCACGGCGACCAGCCACAGCUCUGAGCAGAGUAGCCGCCAGCAGUCACAUGUGAAACAACACAGGGACCCGCUGUGUGAUGACGACCAUUUCCAGGCGCUGCAGGAGGAGAAUACAGAUCUUCACCAGAACUUACUGCAGACUGUGGUUUGCAUUGAGAGCCUGGAGGUGGAGUUGCAGAGAACCAGGGACGAGCUUGGCCACGUCAAGGAGAAAUAUAAAAGCCUCCUUGAGACUCACACUGGGACCAAACAGGCCAAUAAUCGGCUGGGCGAACACCUGCACAUAGCGUCGGAGAGCCUCACGAGUGAGAGGAAAUACCUGCAAAACCGCGUGUCCCAGCUGAGCUCGGAGUUGGAAGACGCCCACCAGACCAUCGCCGCCCUGGAGAACAUCAAUGUGCCGUGCUUGAUGAAGGAGUUAUUGGAGAAGCACUUUGAUUCAACUAAUGCCAUGCAGAAGAUCCUGGCGACCUCCGCUCCAAUCGGCCAUUCUGCCACCUCCGUAAAAGCAGACGCCCGGUGCCACGCGCCUAAAGAGGAAGAAGCUCCACAGGAUUGGGGGGCCAGGCCCGACGCGGGGCCGCAGCGGGUCACAGCCUUCAUUCCAUUUAAACAGGUGGCGCCAACAACAGCCUCCGAAGGCCCUCUCCACAGUCAGCAUGAAUCCAGCCACAGCCCCCCGCUCUCCGUGGCUGACAUCAGCACUGCCAUCUAUCAGAAAAUGGCUGCCGGCUAUGCAGCCAGACCAAAAGCUCUUUAUCCCCAGGCCCGACAGCAGCUCCCCCCGGGCAGCAGCAACCACGCCGACAGCCGCCCAAACCUGCAGCAGGGCCGCGUGGCCGGCGACAGCUGGGGCUGGAAUCCCGGGGUGAAGGUGACACUUGUGGAGCAGGAUGUUGUGGAAACAACCUCCAUUACUGCCCAGCAGAUCCUGGAUGAUUUCCUGAAGCAGCUGCAGCCCUACGAGGAGGCGGGUGGAGGGAAGGAGCAGCAGGCUGUGCAGGAGUGGGCGGCAGAACAAACAGGCAGAGUGGCAGAAUGAGUGUGUAUAUUCUUAUCUUAUUGCCAUGCGUCUGUAUUCAUAUAAGCCAGAUGUAUGGUAUAUAUAUUGUAUUGUAUUUCCCAGGUACCAGGCAUUUCUUUUUUAGUAUAUAUUCUAAGUAAGUGCAACAAUUGUAAAAAGUAAAUUAUUUCCAUACAAUAAAAAGAUCUCUACUUUCCAGUAAAAAAUAGUAGCAAUCAAAUUAAAUAGCAAGAUAUAUGUAUUCAAAUUUCCAUGCAUGCAUGUUAGAUAUAUUUCCAUUUGUGGUAACUUAAACAAUAUGCAAUUUACUACUGUGUUCCCUUAAAAACCCUGUUGUACCAUUAAUUCAAAUUAUUGCAUUUGGUUCCUUUUGUGUUUGUGGUUUAUACAUUUAAGGGAUAACUGGAAAACUGCAGCGCAAUGCCUCUAAGGUUAAACAUUUUAAAUGAUUUAUGGAUUUAUGUGAAGUAGAAUUAGCACAGAAUGAAUGUGUAAAUAUGAUUUCACUCUGUGUAUGUGUACAUAAUAUAGAUGAAACUUGGUGGCCGUUCCAUUCAGAAAAGAUCAAUGUUGUUUGUUUCUUACCAGUGUCCACUUUACCCCCCAAAUUCUGCAAUGAAUAAUGCUAGCCCAUUCAAAAUGUAACUGUGUCAUUGUUAUUCCAAUAAAGAUAAUCGCCUUGAAUGAA